CUCCCUCAAUUUCCAAUCCAUCAGUCACCUUCUCUUUUACGUACCCAAACCAAAAUAUUAGAAAAGAAAAGAAAAUAUCAUACCAAAACUCGAAAGUACUGAUCUGCAAUGUCUUCUUUACAACAUUCAGGUCUUGUGUUCUCUUCUUCUACAUUCUCCUCCUCCAGAAUUAGUGCUGCCAUUUCUGUCCCUAAACUCCCAAGAAUCCGUUUCCCGGUUCCAAAGGCACCGUCAAGAAACUUGGUCGAGGAAUUCAGCUUCACGCACACAAUCCCAACAGAGAAAACUUUCACCACCCCGAGAAUUAUAGAUGAACCUUCUACUAGUUCAGCUAAUUCUUCGAAGGCAACAGCCCAGCUUUAUGCUAUCUUAGAGGCUGUUGCUGAUAGAGUUGAGAUGCACAAGAACAUCGGCGAGCAACGUGACAAUUGGAACAAUCUUCUUUUGAACUCCAUUAACAUGAUCACUCUCACAGCUGCAACCAUGACUGGAGUUGCAGCAACUGGUGGAGCAGGAGUUCCUCUUCUGGCUUUGAAGCUUUCUUCAACUCUUUUAUUCUCUGCGGCUACUGGGAUUUCACUUAUAAUGAACAAAAUCCAGCCCUCACAGCUUGCAGAAGAGCAACGCAAUGCUACUAGAUUGUUUAGGCAGCUUUAUAGCCAAUUACAAACUACACUGGCUCUUCAUGAUCCUACUGAGAUGGAUGUAAGGAAUGCAAUGGAAAACGUUUUGGCUCUCGACAAAGCUUACCCACUUCCUUUGCUAGGGAAAAUGAUUGAAAAAUUUCCUGCAAAAUUUGAGCCCGCUGUAUGGUGGCCCAAAUCAAAACUCUUGGGGAGAAAAAGCACAAGACAUCGAAAGACUGGUUGGAGCGAGGAGCUGGAAGUGGAAAUGAGAGAGGUUAUUGAAUUGAUAAAAGGUAAAGAUAGAGAAGACUACAUGAGAUUAGGCAACUUGGCGUUAAAGAUAAACAAGAUUUUAGCGAUAUCAGGUCCAUUGCUAACAGGCAUAGCAGCUGCUGGAUCUGCCUUUGUUGGAAACAAUUCUUGGGCGGCAAUAGUUGCAGUCGCUGCAGGUGCAUUAGCUAGCACAGUCAAUACAUUUGAGCACGCAGGCCAAGUUGGUAUGGUGGUUGAAAUGUAUAGAAACUGUGCUGGAUCCUUCUCACUUUUGGAGGAAUCAAUACAAUCUGCACUGGAAGAAAAGGAUUUAGAAAGUAGAGAAGAUGGAGAGAUAUUUGAAAUGAGAGUGGCUUUAAAGCUUGGAAGAAGCUUGUCGGAGCUUAGAGAUGUUGCCAAGAAAUCCUCUUCCUCUCGUAUAGAUGGAGCUGACAUAGAUGAAUUUGCUAGCAAACUCAUGUAAAUUGAUGACUAGGAAUUUUUGUUGUCCAUAACUAAGCUAAGCCUAAUUGGUUGAUUCUUUUACUUAGACAAAUUCUUUUUUUA